CUCACACUGCGUGCAUCAUGUCCUGAGGCGGUUGCCUGGACUGGACUUAUAAUACAAUGCCUCGACAUUGACACGGAACAUUCCGUGGCGGGGUGUUCGGGUUUCAAAGAAAUCUUUCCAGAUGAACUUGAUCUUCCCGUCUGGAAACAACAUAUAGACGCUGCUUACUCAACUCUGCUUCUUCUUCCAUGGUGGCGACGCAUGUCCUCGGAUUCAAUGGUUAUAGCCUCGCUCUCAAUCAUUCCACACAUGUCACGGACUCAGUUACUCCAUAUAACCCGGUUAACCCUGUCUCCUUUUUGCAGAUCGACUUCCCCCAUGUUCGAUUCGAGAGGGAAGGUAAUGAUGCGGGAGUAACAUAACAUGUGCCUGUUGUCCAACAUCCAGUGCAACUGAGACUGGGAAAGAUAUGGACGGAAAGACAAAUAUAACUAAUGAUGCUCACACACAUCAGUUUGAGAUGGCUCGCAGUACACCUUCCCCUAGCACCAUGCCUCCACCACUCGCGAGUAGCGAGAAACGAACUGCCAGUAAUGACUCUAUCGGGGGGAAGACCGAGCUGUCUUCAAUUGUUCGUACCAUGUCUGUGCCGCCAUCCGAGGCUGGCGAAACAAAACCAGACAUCAUUCAAGUCGAAGAGAAGGGAGAAGAACCGCAGCCUGUAAUAGUAGACGGUGGGACUCGAGGAUGGUCAACAGUAGCAGGAUCGUGGUUCGUCCUCUUCAGCAGCCUUGGCUACUUGUACUCUUGGGGUGUCUACCAAGACUACUACACACGAAUAUACCUCCCGUCGUCCAGCACCAGCAGCAUUGCAUGGAUGGGAAGCCUUCAAUUGGCGCUACCAUUUCUGUUAGGUCUACCAGCGGGACGGCUGUUUGAUGCAGGAUAUGUACAUUCCGUCAUAAGGGCGGGAUCGGUGCUUUUCAUUUUUUGCCUUUAUAUGCUUUCCCUCACAAAGCCGGACCAAUAUUACCAGGUCUUUCUAACUCAAGGUCUCGGUAUGGGUAUUGGCGUCGGUUGUAUUCAGCUGCAUGCGACGACGAUCGUGAGCAGGCACUUCACUCGCAGAAGAAGCUUUGCCUAUGGCAUCGCCUUGACUGGCUCUUCCGUUGGCAGUAUCGUUUAUCCAAUCGGUUUGUCAAGAUUUCUUUUCCUUGACGCCACAUCUUGA